GUUACAGAGAAGGGGGAACCAGGGGAACUGCUGCCUCAGGAGCCCGAGGAGGGGGAGCCGCUACCAGCCGAGCCACCGAGGGAGGGAGCAGCCAUAGGCAGUGUCCCCUGCCCGCAGGCUGGGGAGCAGCCCUGAGGGCACGGCGCUGCCCAGGAUAGCGCGGGCCCUGUGGUACUUGCAUCUUGAAUAAAACCGACGACUGUCGCCACCCGCCUGCUGUUCCCUAGGAUGGGCGUCCGGAAGUUACGCGGGAACUACGCUUCCCGGCUUCCCGGCGUCUGUGGCGCUAGCGGAAGGAAGGGCCGCGGCGUUUCCCGGCGCCAUGUUGCUGCUGGGCAGGCUGCCGCGGCCGGCGUGGGGUCCGCGGAGCGGGGCGCAGAGCUGCAGCUCCUUGGCCGCCUUGGAGGGCCCCGCGCGCACGCGCUCCUACUGGCGGUACCUCAGGCGCCUUGUGUGGGGCGCGCCGCAGCCGCCGUACGCGCGCGUGUGCCAGGUCGGGGACCCGGUGCUGCGCGUCGUGGCGGCCCCGGUGGAGCCCGAGCAGCUAGCGGGGCCGGAGCUGCAGCGGCUGGUGGGGCGGCUGGUGCAGGUAAUGCGACGGCGCGGCUGUGUGGGCCUCAGUGCACCGCAGCUCGGGGUGCCGCUGCAAGUGCUGGCGCUCGAGUUCCCGGACGCGCUCCUCCGUGCCUUCUCACCGCGCCUGCGCGAGCUGCGUCAGAUGGAACCCUUCCCACUUCGGGUGCUGGUGAACCCCAGCCUGAGGGUGUUGGACAGCCGCUUGGUCACCUUCCCCGAGGGCUGCGAGAGUGUCGCUGGCUUUCUGGCGUGUGUGCCUCGCUUCCAAGCCGUGCAGAUCUCAGGACUGGACCCAAAAGGAGAGCCAGUGGUAUGGUCGGCAAGUGGUUGGACAGCUCGAAUCAUCCAGCAUGAGAUGGAUCACUUGCAGGGCUGCUUGUUCAUCGACAAAAUGGACAGUGGGACAUUUACCAAUCUCCACUGGAUGGAGGUGAAUGACUAAAGCUCUCCUUGAAUUGAGGAUCUGGAAAACUAGCAUGUAGAUUAAGAUGGUCACAUCUUGUGCUUCAACUUGGAAUUGGUUCCAAUCUGACAGUAAACCGUGGGCUGCUGCUGUG